AUUCGCUACUCCAUCUGUCGCUCGUGUCGUAUCUUCACGCUCAUUGGAUGCUUUCUUUAAUUCCCGCUUCCGUUUCCGGUCUGGAGUCCCCCCCCCCUUUUGCAACAACAAUACAGGCUUGAUCGCAGGAGGCAGCAGGGCUGUCCCAGAGACGUGAGCAACAAUGAAUGCUGCUCCCCGGCGCGUAGUUCUUAUACGGGGUGACCUGUAACUUCUCCCCGGCUUGUAGUAUAGGAGUGUGCGGUAUAGGGAUAUAGGACAUAUACAGAAGAGGCACUUCUAUGUGUCACCUGAGCAGUGAUGACAGCGUGCAGCCAUAGACACUGACACCACCGACCUGAUACCUGCCCCCGUGUGGUCUAUAGAGGAGAGUGCAGCCAGCAGGUGGAAAUGCCUCACUGUUUUGCCUAUGGCUGUACUAACCAUAGUGGGAAGCUUCCCUCCGCGGUCUGCAUGCACUCAUUUCCCAAGGAGCUGCCUCUCGCGGAAACCUGGGUCCACCAUAGCCGCACCGACGUAGGCAACGUGCAGGAGUUUGUACGGAACACCUUACUGAAGAACCCGGGGCACUUUGUUCUUUGUUCGGAGCACUUUGAAGAGGACAUGUUUGAGAUGAAUGCUGAUUCGCCGCUUAUUCCCUCUGAACCGAACCACAAACGAACAAGAAGAAAACUAAAAGAAAACGCGGUACCAACUCUUUUCUCCACCAGCGCUCCUAAACUACGUAGACAAGCGGCUCAGCACUUGAAGAUCCAUGAAAGAAAGCAGCUAUUGGACAAUCUUCUUGAGCAGCAGAAACGUCCGAGCCUAGAAGAAGAACAGAUUACCAGUCCAUCCACCUCCCAGGACUCUGCAGCGCAGACGGAAGAUGACCCUGUAAUAGAACGUCCAAGAAAACUCCAACUCUGGAGAAGAAGACUGCUUCCACUGAAGUCCCAGUAUCUGAAGGAUAGAUUCAGGCCUGUUCCCCGAGCACUGCAGAGAAAGACUCCAGCCCCUCUCAGUCGGAUAGCUGUUUAUUUCUCGGAUGAGGAAUGGGAAAUGCUUGAGGAAUGGCAGAGAGAACUGUACAAGAACAUGAUGAAAGACAACUACGAAGCUUUAAUAUCACUUGGUUACCCUACUGUCAAUCCAAACAUAUUAAUGAAGAUCAAGCAGGAAGAAAUUGUGCGCUAUACAGAUCAGUGUUCUUCAGAUGACUUAGUGCAGUCAGACAGCCUCAUGGCAGACUAUACCAAUGAGGAGGAUGGGAUUUUAUCAAAAUUAAAACACAAGGAUCAUUAUUUGAAGGUUGGCCUGCAAUCCCAAGGAGACGUGCAGGGCUACCUAAGCUCAUAUAAUCCUCCUAUUGUCACAAGCAUUGAAGAUGAAGAUAUUGACAAUCUGAACGACCAGCAAGGGCCUCUCUCAAUGACGUACACUCUUUCGCAGUGUUUCAGUGAUGGUGUAAACGGAGAACUAUUUCCAGCAUCCAAAUGGAAAGCAAGAAAUAUGUCAUCCAAUGGUUUUUCUACACUCAGUCCUGCCGAGAGAACUUUAAGUCCUAUCACGACAGUACAGCAGAUGGGCAGUCAGUAUACAUGGUUCUUUUGUGAAAAUAAUCUUUCGCGCACCGACUUGGCAUCCAAACAGGCCAAAUCUUUGGAGCUAAGACCGUAUAAGUGUUCAGAGUGUGAUAAAAGCUUUACCGUUAAAUCUAACCUCAUUAAGCAUCACCGUAUUCACACCGGGGAAAGGCCGUACAAGUGCACCCUUUGCUUCAAGAGCUUCAGCCGCAACUCGCACUUGAUCACCCACCAGCGAACGCACACAGGGGAGAGGCCUUAUAAGUGCAAUGAAUGCGACAAGAGCUUUAUCCAGAACUCUGUGCUGAUCCAACACCAAAGGAUCCACACGGGAGAGAGACCAUUUCGAUGUGACGAAUGCAAUAAAAGCUUCAGCCAGAAGUCGUGUCUCAUACGUCACCAAAGAACUCACACUCGAUAAGGUUGUCAAAAAGGGGCAACAAUUACAGGGAUUUUUUUUAUUUUAUUUAUGGAAAUAGGUCUUUUAGAACUUUUGGAUAUAGCAAAGACCUGAGCCAAACUGGUUCUGAUGGGAAUUAAGCAAUAAAAAGGUCUGAAAUGUUUUCAGUUGAAUCCCAAAUGGUUAAACCAGUGUUACGGCACAGCUAGUAUAUUGUACGGCCAAUGUGUUCUACAUUGACCAACUUGCAUGCUGCCGCUUCAGAAACGUAUCUUUGAACACUAAGACUUUUUUUUAAUUUUUUUUUUUUUUUAGGAGAUUAGGAAAAAAUAGGGUGUUUUUUUUGUCAGAAUUGGCGCCACUGUUGUCCGUUGGCUUGCCUGCAAAACCAGACACUGCCUAUAGACACAUUUUUUUUCCAAAGACCCUUUUAAGGUACAUUUUCCAAAGGGUAAUACUUGAAAAAUAUUUAAUGUUCUUUAAAAAAAAAAAAAAAAGACCUUUACAUCUCAAACUUUUUAACCAUUUGACAAGAGCACUCAGAUUAUUCAUUGUUUUUUUUUAUUCUAUAGGGGAAGCUCAGCAGUUUUGUGAAGCACUAACCACUAUGCAAUUGCCUUACUGUGAUUGCAUAUGGAAAUAUGUAUUAAAACCUCUAAAGUAGAGGACAACAUUCUAUGGGUCGAGACCAAAUGGGGACAACCCAGUGUCUGUUUUUGACAUCUGCCAAAAGAUAUGCAAUAUGGUCAAUACAGACCAUCUUAUUGGUGUCCAGAUUGAUAAUCUGACACUGAAACAUUGAGUUUCAGCAUAGGAAAAAAGCAGAAUGUUGGGAAUGACUGCUUUUAACCGAACUCAACCAAAAAAACAGAAAUACUUAUUUAAAAAAAAAAAGUUGAAAUCUAACGUAGCUCUUUUUAUGCAAUUUUAAGGAGUCGAACUCUAGAAAAUAUUGCUAUCUCAUUGAAAGUAUUUUUUAUUAUUGUUUUACUCCUGCCGGGGUUUAUAAGGUAACAGUCAGUGUUCUCGCUUUUUCUAAGUUGAUGUUUUCAGUGUUUUUUGGUAAAAGUUGUUUUUUUAAAAAAAAGAAUUGCGCUCUAGGGGGCGCACCUUUUUACUAGUAUUCUUUGACAAAUGCAGAGUAGUUUAUACUUGCAGGAUUCUCCUAUCAACCAGCAGCUAAAUAAAAUCUGCAUAUACGUUAUAAAUAAUAAUAAUAAUAAAAUAAAAUGGUAAUGUAGGUUGAUAAUGGGCUUUAUGGCAUUUCAUAAUGGAAAGUGUUAUUUCUUUACUUGCACUAUGCAGGUUUUAUGUUUUUACAUUCAAAGUAGCAUGUACAAAAAUUUUUACAUAUCCGUUUUUUUUUUUUUUUAUUGUUUUAUGUGAAAGUGGUGCGGUGCUGGGGGAUUGUAGGUCUAAGUCUACAGUGAUGUCAUCUCGUUCAUACAGAGGAGGGAGACAAUUUUAGGGCUCUUCAGCACAGUAAUCGUGAAACCGAGAACCCAACGUACAGGAGUCUCUAACAGGAAAAUAACUCAUUUUGAGGCAGGUAUACAGAUGCCCUUAUGCCUCGAAACACUGCAUGUUUCUGUUGUCUUAAAUUUAAAAACGUGACUGUUUCUUCCGAAAACUGCGCCACACCUGUCCUCAGGUUGUGUGUGGUAUUACAGUUUCGUUGAAGAGAAUAGAGCCAAGUUGUAAUACCACACACAACCUUAGGACAGGAGCGGUGCUGUUUUUUGAAGAAAUAGAAAUGUUUUUCUAUUCCUGGAUAACCCCUUAAGUUGAAGUUUUAGCUAUACUUUGGGCAUGUAAAAGUGGUUAGCACCAACAGUCCUGGGCAUUUUUCUUGCGCCAACUGUGCUACCGGUCCAAAGGGUCCUUUACCAAUUCCCAGAAAGGCUGUAAACACAUCUAUACUUAAAGGGGUACUCUGCUGCUCAGUGUUUGGAACAAACUGUUCCAAACGCUGGUGACGGGAGCUUGUGGCAUCAUAGCCCCGCCCCCUCAUGAUGUCACGCCCCGCCCCUCAAUGCAAGUCAAUGGGAGGGGGCUUGAUGCCACCUCCCAUAGACUUGCAUUGAGGGGGCGGGGCAUGAUGCCACAAGCUCCUGGCUCCAGCGUUUGGGGGAAAAAAAGAGGGUGGGGGGAGGAGUUAACACUGUGUACUGUCACAUCUUUAUUGGACAUAGAGCUCUAUGGAAAGAUCAGCUGUAUUUUUUUUUAUUAAAAAAUUCAUAUGCAUUUGAUUUCAUAUGCAUUUUCUCCCCCUGUUCCACCACUUGGGCAUCACUCGUGUAGAUUGACUAUUUUUGUUACGUUGACAUACUUUUGCCUUCCGGUUCAUAUCCUUUGUCUCUUCUUUGUUUAGGUAAAGGGCCCACAGGCAAGACUAAAGUUUUUAGUAUUCCUAGCUGAUCUAGUUAACCCUUCUGUUUGUAGAUAAUUUUCAGUGUUUUAAAAAACUUUUAGUUUGUGCCACAUAAUUAAGUCUUAUUGUGUUGUCAAAUAAUAAAGGAAGUCAUACUUUACCAAUCUCCUGGUGGUUCCCAGGUUACUCCAAUCUCUCUAAUUCCUGGUCCUGCUGAACAGGACAUGUGAACGCUGUAGCAAGUGAUUGGCAGGGACAAUCACAUGUCCAUGUUUAAAGGGGUACUCCGCUGCUCAGCGUUUGGAACAAACUGUUCUGAACGCUGGAGCCGGCAGCUUGAGACGUCAUAGCCCCACCCCCUCAAUGCAAGUCUAUGGGAGGGGG